CGUUUAGCUCAUACAUCGAACUGCCGCUCAAUCUCUUAUUCUGGGCAGAUAGGAAUAGUACUGCGCAGCAGUUCUGAUCAUGCUGUGAAAUUCCAUUCCUUCUCUACCUGAGAGAUCUUGGAGCCCCCCAAUUUAACUAGCACCAUGGCUGCUAUCCGGCCACGCCCAUAUCGGCGCAUCUUGACCUCAGCGCUGCACCGACGCUUCGUCCAUGCUUCUGCUUUAGCGCUACUUGUCUGUUACUUAGUUGCGUUCUUGAUUGGGGAUAAAUCGUCCUUUUUAUGGGCUUGGUUUCCAAUUGGAGCAUGUGGAAUUCGUACUGUCUUGCUCUUUAUCUGCAGCCUCGUCGUUUUCGUAUUGCGCGUUGGACAGAUACACAUUGGCUCGCGGACGACUGCCUCUCCCUUAGGCACUCUAAAACACCUUAUCCCAAUCGAUGUCGUCCAAACUUUUGGAUGGUAUAUUUUCUCGGCAUGGUGGUUUAGUGAGAUCUAUAAAUGGUCGUCUCCCAGUGGAGCACAUUUGGAGUGGGUUAAUAGAGGCCGGUAUGAGCCCCCCCCCCUUCCCCUCGGGAGAACUUGGAUUAAGGGAACUAAGAGAAAUAGGCCCCACGAACGCGCAAGCUUAAAUGAAAGACCAAUUUACCUCUACACUUGCCAUCUACUACUCGCAAUUGUGCAAUCUGUUGUCCAUCUGUAUUACGAUUUCGACCGUGUACCUAUUCCCGUUGCUAAACGGGCUGCGGGCAAUGCUGAUCAGAGAACCCACCCAGUGGAACCGGUGUCUAAGCGCAUACAAGUUGCAUUGCCUGGUCUCAUAAAAGACGGCUUCACAAGAAGUGCUGUGGUCGCCGUAGCCUGCCCUGUCGUGUAUACCUUCUUCCUAAGACGCCCGGCAUGGAGCUUCACCAUGUACUGGGCAAAAUUAUUCUGGGACUUCCCUCGGUCUGCUGCGGCUCCUCCAGGCCUUAUUGGCCCCAUUGGCCCAGGCUUGCUGCUACGCACAGUGUUCUCCGGAGGCCUCCUAGUUCUUUGCUGGCAAACAGCUAAUCUUUUCUUCUCCGCAUUCCUUAGCAAGGAGCCACUCAAGCGUGGUCAGCCAUUGACGGCUGAAGCGAAAGAUCCUAAUGGCAGCUUAUUGACGGGGUUGACCGCAAAGAAGGAGACCGUUAAAUCUUUCGCAUUCUGGGAAUUAUGCUUCAUCAGUCAGAGAUUCCCUGACCGACGAAAGGCGAUCUUCAAUGAUAUUGAUCGCGACGGAGGACCAGCGUGGUCGCAGAUCCUGCAAUCUGCCACUGAGGUUAUCAAGGGCAUUUCUACUCGCAUCGAUGAACAGAAGAACCCGCCAUCGGGUCCCAAGCCCGCACAAGCCGAACCGACCGAACCGGUUCUCCGCACUCUACCGCGACUAACAGACCCUCUCAAAGCGGACAACGUCUUCGCCCCCUCUCCCAAAGCAAGCUCGCGGCAGGAGAAGAUCGGGGAGGUCUUCAGCUCAACAGCCAAGUCUUACGGGCAAUCGGCAGAUUGGACCCCUACGGCCCGAGCCAAAGCCCGCGAUGUCUUCGACCGUGCAUCCACUGCCAUAUUGAGCCCGGAGCGCAAGCAGAAACUUCUUGCUUCAUCACAAGAACUUAAGAUGCUCACAGGUCCUUCAACCUGCAAGCCAGAAAACCUUAACCCAUUCAUUGCACAGCUCCUCCGCUCUCCAGUAGGCCGACUCUUCCGACAAACGUACGACCGUCGCCUGUCAGGCAUUGUCCUAGGCGCGCCUCACGCCAACCUAUGCCCUAUCGUCGACGCCAUCGAGUCGCUCACUCGCCUCCUCAUCGCAAGUCUGCAGGAAGACCAAUAUGGCAAGGUCCAGGCCGAUGUGCCCGAUGUCGUACGCCUCUUCACGAACACCAUCAUGACCUUGGAGCCCUUUAUCCAUGGCGGUCUUAACACCCACUGGACAGACGUCAACUUCCCACCAUCAAGCAACCCCGAAGCACAAGUAGAGGCCCGUCGAGUCCCAGACGUGGAUCUCGUACUCGACACCCUCAAGGGCUCUCUCAAGGAUCUCCUAUCCGCAUUCAACCUCUACCUCAAGGACAUCGGACUCGUAGGCAAGGACCUGCGGCUGGCAAAGGAGGCAGCCGGGUUAAUCGAGGAAGGGCUUUAAAAUUCGAAACAGGCGUCAUGAGAGUAUGCGGAGGAUGGAUUCUGUUUUGCUUUCUAAAUUACCUGGUGUAGGCGGUCGGUGUAUUUAUACUUCGCCCAUUGUCUUAAUGAACAUUGGCUUUUGGUCGUGGUAUUUUUGGUUCUACUUUUGCCCAGUGGAAAAGGUUACGACUUAUAUUAGUUCCCAUGCAUUGUUCUGGCGUUGCGAUGCAUUAAAUCCAAUGAUUUUGACACUGUUUUU